AUGGUGGAGGUAUACAUUGAUGACAUCGUGGUUAAAAGCAGAACCAGAGGCGAACAUGACCAACACUUAGAAGAAUUCUUUCACUUGUUGAGAAAGUACAACAUGAAGCUCAAUCCGUCCAAGUGUGCUUUUAGGGUGAGCGCAGGCAAGUUCUUGGGGUUUAUGGUCACUCAAAGGGGGAUAGAGGUCAAUCCGGAUCAAAUCAGAGUUGUCAUGGAGACAUCCGUCCAGAGCAACAAGAAAGAGCUACAACACCUCAUUGGUAGACUCGUUGCACUAAGACGCUUCAUAGCCCGAUUUAUAGACAAACUAAGGCCCUUCUUCCUUAUGCUAAAGGGAGUCGGCACGCUAGGAUGGACGGAAGACUGUCAGUCCGCAUUUGAAGUGAUCAAACAUUAUCUCACACAACCGCCCAUCCUGAGCAGCCCUCAGCCCGACAAGCAGUUAUACAUGUACUUAACAGUUUUUACUUGGGCGGUCAGUGUUGUUUUGUUUCGCUGCAUAUCAGAUAAAGAGCAAAGACUCGUCUACUAUAUCAACAAAGCAAUGGUAGAUGCAGAAACCAGAUACUCGAAGAUGGAGCAAACGACCUUAGCCUUGAGAAGCGCUGCUCAGAAACUUCGUCCCUAUUUCCAGGCCCAUCCAAUAGUCGUGCUCACCAACCAGCCCUUCAGAAAACCCAGCAAAGAGGAAUGGUGUACUUUACACAUCGAUAAAGCCUCCCGAACCUCGAGAUCCGAAAUAGGCCUCCUCUUACAAUCGCCAACUAGGGAGCAGUUGGAACAAACCAUCCGACUCGGGUUUCCAGCAUCCAACAAUGAAGCCAAAUACGAGGCCAUCCUGUCCAGGUUGAACCUUACACUUGCACUCUCAGCUUCCAAGCUCGAAAUCUACAGUGACUCUCAACUCGUCGUUAGGCAUGUCCAAGGGGAAUACGAAGCCAAAGAUGGACGCAUGACUCAGUACUUAACUAAAGUACAAGAUACCCUGAAUCAGUUGAACAAAUGGGCUAUCAAGAGGAUUCCCCGCACAGAAAACUCCACUUUCUCGAUUGCAGUCACACCUCUCUACAGCGCCAGGGAAGAAAACAUAAAGUGGACGCGUGAAAUUGAGAACUACCUCCGGAUAGGAGAUCUGCCCGAAGAGAGGAAGCAUGCGCAUAAGGUCCGAAUGCAGGCUGCCCACUUCACCUUGAUUAGAGACCGCCUCUACAAGCGAUCCUUUAGAGGUCCGUUCCUUAGAUGCUUAGACAGUACGGAAGCUCAGUAUGUGUUAGCAGAGUUGCAUGAAGGCAUAUGCAACAAUCACACAGGAGAACGAUCCCUAGCACACCGUGCCCACUCGUAG